UUGUUCAUCUCCGAAUGGUUCAUUUCACUGCGUGGCCUGGAUCCGGACAUGGAAACAUGUUGAUAUCAGUUUGAAUGUUUUCGCAGACGUUAUAUUCUCAGGAUGAUUUCUAAAGUCCAUCGCCACCAAGAGGUACCCCCCUCCCCACAUACAUGCUUCCGCAGGCCGCGAUCAUCACACAUCAUGAACGGCGAGGCCAGCUGAGAGGUCCUAUCGUCUAAUAUGGUACAGACACGUCUGUAGCUACGUGCAUCAUGAAGACCCACAGAACUGGUUGAACAAGUGUGUACAAUCAGAUCAAGAUCACUUUUACUUGAUCAGACCCGCCCGCACGCCUCCAUGCAUGGCCCUCAUGGAUGUAUUUUGUUUCUUUGUGGGAGGGAGAUCUAGUCGCCUUUAUGGCAGACAAGCCUGGGACAAGGGAAGAUAUGUGUUGUCUGGUAUCCUCACGAAGACCAAGUAUCACGGACGGAAACAGAGUGUCCGUUAUUUCAGGCAUUACUUCCCAACAACAAACAACGACAGACAAGACACCAAGAACGUCUCGGCGGGACCCCAGACCGGGAACGCUGACCCCGAGGAGCUGAAACGCCGGCGGCUCGAGGAAGGAAAGGCUUCGGGCCAGGAGACGCCCGCUCCCGCCAAUUUACUGGCCGAGGUGCCCAGCCGUCCAGCUCACAAACAUGACGAGUACCAGUACCUAGACUUGGUCCGACACAUCCUGGACUGUGGGCAGAGGAAGGACGAUCGCACUGGGACCGGAACUCUGUCCGUUUUUGGCGCCCAGUGUCGCUACAGUCUGAGAGGGCAGUUCCCCCUGCUGACUACGAAGCGUGUGUUCUGGAGAGGGGUAGCUGAGGAGCUCUUAUGGUUUGUCCGGGGCUGUACCGACGGCAAGGAACUCUCGGACAAAAAGGUACACAUCUGGGAUGCCAACGGUUCCCGAGAUUUCCUGGACAAGCGUGGACUGAGCCACUACGAGGAGGGGGACCUCGGUCCUGUAUAUGGCUUCCAGUGGAGACAUUUUGGUGCAGAAUACAAGGAUAGGUACACAGACUACACCGGCCAGGGUGUGGACCAGCUCGCUCAGGUCAUCCACACCAUCAAGACUGACCCAGACAACCGGCGCAUCAUCAUGUCUGCAUGGAACCCACCAGAUCUGCCUAAGAUGGCGCUGCCCCCCUGCCACGCCUUUGUCCAGUUCUACGUGUGUAACGGAGAACUGUCAUGUCAGCUGUACCAGCGUUCGGGAGACACGGGGCUCGGCGUACCCUUCAACAUCGCCAGCUACUCCCUACUCACCUACAUGAUAGCCCACAUCACUGGACUCAAGCCUGGAGACUUUGUCCACACCCUGGGAGACGCACACGUGUAUGUCAAUCAUGUUGAUGCCCUUAAAGAACAGCUGAAGAGGGAGCCGCGCCCCUUCCCCACCCUCAACAUCAAACGGCAAGUGGAGAAUAUUGAUGACUUCAAGAUGGAGGACUUUGAAAUUGUUGGCUACAAGCCUCACCCGAAAAUAAGCAUGGAGAUGGCAGUGUGAUUCCAUUAUUUAUCAGGGACUUUGGCUACUCUUAGACUAUUACUAUGUUUUUAUCCUCUUCUAUCAGUCACUGUAAAAGGGAAAUGUUCACCGUGAUUUUAGGUUUGCAUUUUUCACGUUAUCCUCUUCACUGUGCACUUAAAACCCUGUGAACAUUUCCCUUCUACAGAUAAAACCUAGCAUUGCAAUUUCAAUCCUGAAGUUAAAACCACCGCCAACACGCUAUUUUCUCAUGAGCGAGAAAUUAAAUCCUCCCGAACAUUUCCUCUUUUACAGUACUAGUAAUUUGUAUGAAGCGAGUUUAUAGUUAAAAUUACUCACCUGCAGUGAAAUGCCUUGUGGGUAAUUCUCUAAUAUAUCAAAGGUGACGGUCCCAAACUUAUAAACAGUUCUUUGCUAGACCAUACUUGAUACAUGUCCAGAUGUGUUUUAUGUCUCAGGAGCUUUCACCUUUGACUUAUGAACAAUUUGUACCAUCAAGAAGUAAGAAUCUAGGUACCAUUGACCUUUUGCUGGCUAAGAUGUUAAAAGCCAGAAGCAAAAUGUACAGCAAAUUGUAACAAUUAGAUACUCAUAUUUUACAUUAAAAUCAUGAGUUAAUGAACAUAGAAGUUAUCAACAAUAACAUGCAAUUACACAACUAACAAAAACAUAAUUCUGUUUAUUGCACUAAUGGUUACUAUAAGUUUGUCACUGAGCAAGCUCUGUGCAUUUAAUAACAUUUACUUUUGUGUAGAGAGAUCAGUGCUAAUGCUUAUAUUGGCUAAUGUGUAGGGGAAGGUUUUUUAUGGAGUGUAAGAAACAUAUUAUACAGUACUUUUAUAACAGUAAAAACUGGUCAUAUUGUAAACAUGAUAUAUAGCUAGCUGUGUGCUUUGUUUACAAAUCAGCAUAUAGUAAUUAUAUGACAUAUUAUAAUUGUGAUUUAAAAGGUUGUGAUAGAUAUUUAUUUUCGAGGUUGCACUUUUGGGCAUUGUGAAAACACAUGUAAGCAUGUUACAUUCACCUCAUACUUAUUAUUAAAUUGGCAUUCUUGAGUA